UGCGGGCUGCAGCCUGAGGAGUCUUCCUUGCCUCUUUCCUCUUUCCCCUGUUGUUGGUGCUUCUGUUAGGCACUGCCAGGAUGUGUGGCCGGUUCUUGAGGCAACUGGUGGCUGAGGAGAGCCGGCACUCCACCUCCGUGGGGCGCCUCCUGCUCCCCGUGCUCCUGGGGUUCCGCCUUUUGCUGCUGGUUGCCAGCGGGGCCGGGGUCUAUGGCGAUGAGCAGAGUGAAUUCGUGUGUCACACCCAGGAGCCAGGGUGCAAGGCCGCCUGCUAUGAUGCCUUCCACCCCUUUUCCCCACUGCGCUUCUGGGCCUUCCAGGUCAUCUUGGUGGCCAUGCCCAGUGCCCUCUACGUGGGUCUCACUCUGUAUCAUGUCAUCUGGCUUUGGGAAGAGUCAGGAAAGGGGGAGAAGGAGGAGACUCUGAAAUGCCGAGGGGAGGAGAGCAGAGAUGCCUCAAGCCUUGGGAGCCCCAGGCUGCUCUGGGCCUAUGUGGCACAGCUGGGGGUGCGGCUGGUCCUUGAGGGGGCAGCCUUGGGGGUGCAGUACCAUGUGUAUGGGUUCAAGGUGCCCAGCUCCAUUGCAUGUCGCCGAGAGCCUUGUCUUGGUAGUAUAACCUGUUACCUGUCCCGCCCCUUCGAGAAGACCAUCUUCCUAAAGACCAUGUUUGGAGUCAGUGGGCUCUGUCUCUUGUUCACGCUUUUGGAACUUGUGCUCCUGGGCCUGGGGCGAUGGUGGAGGGUCUGGAAGCACAAAUCUCCCCUUUCUAACUACUCCCCAACUUCAGAGAGCACCAAAAGACACAAGGAGCCGACCGAGAACUUCCCAGAGGUGGAGACCAAAGAGCCAUUCCGAGAAGCAGGUUUCUUCCCACGUAGAAAACACCUCAGCCCCUGCUUGAUUCUCUACUUUGCAGAGUUAUGAAGGCACCCAGUUUGCCUCUGAAAGGAACCCUGUGAUUGGAUCUUCUUCCAAGCAUCUAGUGAGUGGGGACUUCUGACAAAUGAGAGGCUGUUGAAACAUCUCUAAGGGCCAUCGUGGACCAUGCUGCCUGAUGCAUUUCCUGAGACAUCUCCCGCUUGUGCCUUCCCACCAGAAUCCUCUGCUGUCAGCUUUACAAUGAUCGUGGGCAUGGUUCCAGAGUCAGCCAGCAGAAGCCUCUGUAAAGCUGUGCUUCUCCCCAGUCCUGCACAAUAAAUACUGACUGCUGCUGUUGGCAUUCCUGUGGCUGAAUGCAACCCUCCUGUCAUGGUGACUUUACUUCCCUGUCCUCUGUUGUUUCACUUUCUUUGCUCCCCUCAACUUCGAGGUCAACCGAUGGA